ACCAGAGUGGAUUCUGGAGAAAAGGCUGUGUUUGCUUCAUUUCUCUAUUGCUGUAGAUAUAUAUCAAAACACUAAAUUUAUUUUACGUAUAUAUAUAUAGAGGAAUGGAUUUAGACGUCAUAUGAUAUAAAAGGUGGUUUGCACCGAGAAAUUAAGUGAGUUCAGAAAAGGGGAAGUGGGAAGAGAUAGAUACAUGGCAGCUCGCAGAAUCUCCACCAUGCUCUCUCGCUCUCUCUCUCUCUCCUCCGCUGCUACUUCACUUGGCAGAAAAUAUGGAUUGGGAAGGGGAAUGCAAAGAUUUAGUACUGGCACUGCUGCAGUUCUUGAGGAACCAAUAACCCCUCCUGUUGAAAUUAAUUACACCAAGCUUCUCAUCAAUGGCCAAUUUGUGGAUUCAGCAUCUGGAAAAACAUUUCCCACCUUGGAUCCCCGGACCGGAGAAGUCAUUGCCCACGUUGCUGAGGGCGAUAAGGAAGAUAUCAACCGUGCAGUCUCAGCUGCUCGUAAGGCCUUCGAUGAAGGGCCAUGGCCUAAAAUGAGUGCUUAUGAAAGGUCACGCAUAAUACUGCGUUUUGCUGAUUUGGUCGAAAAAAACAUGAAAGAGCUUGCUCAACUCGAGACAUGGGACAAUGGCAAGCCAUUUCAGCAAGCUUUGACAGCUGAAGUUCCAAUGUUUGUUCGAUUAUUCCAUUACUAUGCCGGUUGGGCGGAUAAAAUCCAUGGAUUGACAGUGCCUGCUGACGGGCCUCACCACGUUCAAGUCCUGCACGAGCCAAUUGGUGUUGCAGGCCAGAUCAUUCCUUGGAACUUUCCGCUUCUCAUGUUUGCUUGGAAAGUUGGCCCGGCUCUUGCUUGUGGAAAUACCAUUGUCCUCAAAACUGCAGAGCAGACGCCCUUGACUGCUUUGUACGUCGCCAAAUUGUUCCACGAGGCCGGUCUUCCUGAUGGUGUUCUCAAUAUAGUGUCCGGAUAUGGCCCAACUGCCGGUGCAGCUCUCGCCAGUCACAUGGACGUAGACAAGCUUGCUUUCACCGGAUCAACCGAGACAGGUAAAAUCGUGCUUGAGCUAGCUGCACGGAGCAAUCUGAAGCCGGUGACACUCGAACUCGGAGGCAAGUCUCCGUUCAUCAUAUUCGAGGAUGCUGAUAUUGAUAAAGCCGUGGAGCUAGCACACUUUGCUCUCUUCUUUAACCAGGGCCAAUGCUGCUGCGCUGGCUCGCGCACAUUUGUCCACGAGAAGAUCUACGACGAGUUCAUUGCAAAGGCUAAGGCACGAGCUCUCAGACGCACAGUUGGCGACCCCUUCAAGAAAGAAAUUGAGCAAGGUCCACAGAUCGACUCAGAACAGUUUCAGAAGGUUCUUGGCUACAUAAAAUCCGGCAUUGAUAGCAAUGCCACUCUGGAAUGUGGAGGGGAACAGUUCGGGUCUAAAGGCUACUUCGUUCAGCCAACCGUGUUCUCCAACGUACAGGAUGAUAUGUUGAUAGCACAGGACGAGAUUUUUGGGCCGGUCCAAUCCAUCUUGAAGUUCAAGGACAUCGACGAGGUGAUCAGACGAGCAAACGCGACGCGGUACGGCCUAGCGGCGGGCGUGUUCACGUCUAGUGUUGAGAAAGCCAACACGGUGUCGAGGGCGUUGAAGGCCGGCACGGUGUGGGUGAACUGCUUCGACGUGUUCGAUGCCGGUAUCCCGUUCGGAGGGUACAAGAUGAGCGGCAUCGGGCGGGAGAAGGGGAUCUACAGCCUCAACAACUACCUGCAGGUGAAAGCUGUGGUUACUCCUUUGAAGAAUCCUGCUUGGUUGUAAGAGAAACUGUUUGCUUCAGACAUGGAUGUAUCAACAACAUUUUUCAUAAAGCUCCAAUGUCAUUUGUGAACUUGAUCA